AUGGACCCUAACACAGGUUUUGCUUCCACAUCCCCUUCUUCGACUCUUUUUGCUCAGCAAUAUAACGCUGAAAGAAACCCUCGGAAACAGCAGCAUGGACGAGUCAACUCUAUCUCCUGUUCUUAUUGUAAGGGUUCCCAUAAUUCUAACAGGUGUACCGUAGUUACAGACGUCACAGCAAGGAAGCAAAUCAUUCGUGCUAAAAACAGAUGUUUUAAUUGUUUAAAAUCCGGACAUCUCGUUAGAAAUUGCAACUCUAAAAACACGUGCUUUAAGUGCAAGGGAAGACAUCAUAUCUCCCUCUGUGACGCUAAGGGUGGAGGAGAGCGAAACAAAAAUAACAACGAUGGACAGGUUCCGCAUUCUCAGGAUGAUGAACAAAAUCAAUCAUCAAAUGUGAACGUCGUUGGUUGCCAUAACAGUACACUCCUGCAAACAGCAAAUGCGCACUUGUUAAAUACUGACGAAAAUUCCGUUGUUUUUUCUAGUUGUGUGCUCUUUAAAAACUGUUCGCAAAAAUCAUUCAUCACAAGUAACGCAAAACAACGAUUAAAAUUAAAAAUCAUCCGCAGCGAGAUUUUAAACGUAAAAGUGUUUGGCGUAAAGGUUAAAAUUAAAAACGCCCAUUCUAAAGAUUAUUCCGUAAUCGAAGCACGGACAUUACCAUGGAAACAAGAUCAUGAACAGAUACCGGACAAUUUCCAAAACAGUCGAAAUCGGUUAACAUCAGUCUUCCGCCGACUUAAGGCUAAGCCCGAGCUUCUGCAACAAUACGACGACAUCAUUAAACAGCAAAAACGUGACGGUAUCAUCGAGCAGGUGACAGAGCCGCCACCGCCGCCAGGUAAAGUCCAUUACUUGCCCCAUCAUUACGUCUUAAAGGAAGAUAAGUCCACAACCAAGGUGCGCAUUGUUUACGAUGCUUCUUCAAAUUCUCCGUCACUCAACGAUUGCUUGGAAAAGGGUCCUUCUCUUCUUCCUCUACGUAUGGACAUCCUUAUCCGUUUUGGGACCUACAAGGUUGCGGUAGCAAGCGACAUUAAACAAGCAUUUUUAAAUGUGGCGAUCAACACACCUGAUCGUGACUUCUUACGCUUCCUAUGGUUUGACGAUAUAACAAAAGAAAAUCCUCAACUCAUGAUAUACCGAUACACUCGUGUAAUCUUUGGAAUGAACGCUUCACAGUUCCUUUUAGCUGCAUCAAUUAUAAAGCACUUGGAGAAAUACCAAAGUGCCGACCCUGACUUUGUGCUAGCUUUCUUAGAAAACCUUUAUGUCGACGACAGCAUUGGCGGAGGAGAUACCAGCGAUCAGGUGUUCACAUUUUACCAAAAGGCAAAAGCACGGCUUAAGGAAGCUGGUUUAAUCUUACGAAAAUGGCGUUCUAACAGUCCAACUCUCCAAGCGCAAAUCUCCAAAUUCGAAAUCGAGGAUCCAGCUCCUCCCGAUGAAAAAAUCUUGGGCAUCACAUGGGAUACGGCCAAUGACGAAAUGGAAAUAGACCUGUCAAGACAAAAACAGUUAGCUCAAUCCGACGUCCUUCUAACUAAACGCAACAUCCUAAAAAUCAUCGCAUCGAUUUACGACUCAGUGGGUUUGGUUUCGCCCCUCGUUGUACCGUUUAAGAUAUUCUUCCAGAAGUUAUGCACAACCGUAAACGAUUGGGACCCUGAGGUUAGUGAGGAAUUAAAGGACGAAUGGAAUUCGUUAAUACAGUUAUUUUCAAUCUCGUCGAAACAUCGAUUGCAACGUUAUUACUUCGCUAACUAUCCUUUAAGUGAUUUGAAAGACAUCACCCUGCAUGGGUUUUGUGAUGCAAGUAAAAGAUCAUACGCUGCUGUUGUCUACAUUAUUGGAACGUUAUCAAGCGGACGCUCUGUUGGACGCAUUGUGUGUAGUAAAACAAAAGUAUCCUCUCUCAAUGAACUGUCUAUCCCUAGACUGGAGCUUCUCUCAUGCUUACUUCUUUCUUCCUUAAUUUCGUGCAUUAGUCAGUCGUUAGGUAGCGCCGUUCCAGUAGCUUUGAAAUUUUGUUGGAGCGACUCAAUUGAUGCCCUAUGUUGGGUUAGAAAUAAUAAUUCUAGUAAGCAAUUUGUUAAGAACAGAGUGACAAAAAUUAGGGAUUUAACGCCUCCAGCUAUGUGGAGAUUUUGUCCUGGAAAGUUGAAUCCUGCUGAUUUACCAUCUCGUGGUGUGAACAAGGCGAAUAAAAACAAUUGGUUUCAAACAUGGACUGUCGGACCUAGUUUUAUAUAUGAAGAUCAACUACAAUGGCCGGAAGAACCAAAUAAUAAUAAAAUAAAAAUUACAAGCGUUAAUUCCGGGACCGUUGAUCCUGGGCAGUCAGUCAAGGAUCAACGGCCCAACAGUGUUUCUAAUAAAUUUACUACCCCGCAUUCUCCUGUUUUAUCUGAUGAAUGUCCUGCUAUUUGCAAACGGACCGUGGACCUUGAGGAUCAUCUUCAAGAUCAACGGCCCAGCCUUAGACAACGGACUGGGGACGUUGGGGUUCGACCCCAAGGUCAACAGCCCUAUUUUUCAGAUGACAUCAUCCGCUGCAAAGGACGACUCCUAAAUGCCAACUUGCCUUACGACUCUAAAUAUCCCAUCUUGUUGCCUGGUGACUCGUACCUGUCAACGUUAAUUAUACGAAGAGUCCAUCAACAAACCUUUCAUGCAGGUGUGGAACACACGCUUUGUCGCAUUAGAGAAAAUUAUUGGAUUCUGCAAUGUCGAAAAUAUGUACGUGCUAUUGUAAACAAAUGUGUUUACUGUAAAAGCUAUCCAUUUGAAUCUACAGGAGUGGAUUACUUGGGACCACUCAUGGUCAAACCUAUAUUUAACGAAGAUCAAAGUGCAAUGUUUCCGGUACAUGUUGCACUAUUUACCUGCGCUGUUACUCGGGCAGUCCAUCUGGAUAUAGUACCCGAUCAGUCAGCCUCGUCGUUUAUACGAACUUUAAAACGAUUUCUAGCCAGACGCGGCAUACCUACGUUAAUGAUUUCCGACAACGCAACGUGCUUUAAAAACGAAGAACUUAGGUUAAAUGAAGAGUUAUCGAAAUUAAACCUAAGUUCUUCGUUUGGAAAUAUAUAG